AUGCAUCCACCAACUCAACGAGCUGUUGCUAAAUCUCUACACAUCAGUCAAUCAACAGUGUCAAAAAUUAUAAAAGAGUCGGGAUUUGUUCUACGAAAGAAACGAAAAGUUCAAAAACUUACAAGUGCAAAUGUUGAAAAACGUCGUCAACGAUCACGUCGUUUUUAUCUCCAACUAGCCAAUGGCCGAUACCGAAAUUUCAUCACAACCGAUGAAUCUUGGUUCUAUCUCGAUGGUACGAGCGGCAAGCGUAAGGUCUGUUACAUAAAGAAGUCAGAUCCGAAUUAUGAUCGUAUGAUCAUCCAACAAGACAGUUCACGUCCGAAAGGCUUUAUGGUGUGGGGUGGUGUAUCGUCCAAAGGAAAGACAACUCUUCGUUUUGUUGAACCUGGAGCAAAAGUCAAUUCACAAUACUAUAUUAACAAGAUUUUAAAACCAUUUUUGUCACGCGAUGUCCCUCGAUUGUUUCCAAUAGGUGGAAAAACUCGUCCGACGUUACAACAGGACUCUGCCCCGAGCCAUGUCUCAAAAGAAACGAUAGCUUUUCUGGAGAAUACAGCCUAUUUUGGUGCAACCGGCUCCGGCGUGAUACCAGUAAUGAGUCAUAAUACGACAGACAGCGAUGCAGCUAAGUUUAGCAAAAUACCAGUACAAUCGUCGUCAACCGAAUCAUCAAUGAAUCCAAAAUCAAAGUUGACCUUUGGAACAAAUAAAACAUCUAUAAAUACUCUAUUUUCGUUACCGUCGUCACUACAUGAAAUCACACCUUCAUUAAAUCAAACACCAAUUGAUUUGCGCAAGGCUAUUAUGGAGAACAUGAUAAAAAAUCCAAAAACGUUUUCAGGAGAAAAAGAGAAUAUGCAUAAAUGGCUAGAAGAUUUAGAAACACAGUUUGAUACAGGCGAUAUACCAGAUAAUAAUAAAUUCAGUAUUAUAUUCUAUCAAUUAAAGGGUGAAGCAUUAUCAUGGUUUAAAGAUAAUAAGCAGACUAUAUUAACACGGAAAGAUUUUGCCGACGAAUUCGCAUCACUGCUGGGCCUUUUAGUACCUUGGUGA